AUGGCGAUGAUGAUGACUGGCCGUGUGCUGCUGGUGUGUGCCCUCUGCGUGCUGUGGUGCGGUGCCGGCGGUGUUCAUGCUGAGGAUGAUGCAGGUGUAACUUCACCUGGUGCCUCUGCGAGUGACGGCAAAAGUUUUCAGGAGCCACCAACAAUUGUAAAUGGAGGAUCACACAACUCAGUUUUAAGAGCAUCAGAUGUUAAUGAACAAACCGAUGAAACAGAUAAAGAAGUCCUUUUGACAAAAGAAGUAGCUGGUUCUGAUGAAGAUGAAGUACCACAAACAUCGGCAGAAGAAAUUCCACCACCAUCAGCAUCGCCAAAGAAAUCAAAAGGAGGAGGAGGAACACAACAAGAAGAUGAUUUAGACUUGAAAAGAGUAAAUGAAAUUGUACUGCAACCUGAAAAGCAACGCCGAGAAGAAGAAGGACUAGAAACAGUUGGUGAUGGUGAAGCGGCAGUAACCAAACUAAAUGAAGGAAGUGGACCACAGCCGCAAGAUAACCCACAUCCAGUCCAAGAAGAGGAUACAAAAAGUGGAGAAGGACAUGAACUGACGCAGGGAAAAGACCAACAAAUAAAAGUUGAAGCAAAAACACCCAGUAACCCUGCAGGAGAUCAUUCUUCGGGAGAACACAACGGCAAUGAUGGUUCUAAUGAAAGAGAAGGGGGAGAAGAAAAGGAUGAUGAAAGACAUCGGGCUCAGGAGAGAGAAGAGGCUGCACAUGUCUCAGGUGCCCCGAAAGUAAAUUCAACUGAUAUUCAGCAGGAAGUCCAACACAAAAAUGCAGGAGAAACUCCGACAGGAAUCAAACAAAGAGCUGGGGAAGAAAAGGAUGAUGAAACAGAAGAGGAACGAGAGAAACAAAAGGAACAACAUCAAGAGAAUCCUCCAGGCAAAGAAAAAGAAACCAUAACUGGCGCAAACACCAUUAAUCAAAUAAACACGACACCUGGCGACAGUGACGGCAGCACCGCGGUCUACCACACCACCUCCCCUCUUUUGCUUCUUCUUGUUGUUGCGUGUGCGGCUGCUGCGGUGGUGGCCGCGUGA